UCAGGAACGGGAGUGAUAAGCGUCCUCCUACCUCUCCGGCGUGACUGACACAGGCUCCCGGGACAGCACUGCAGCAGGAGCACACAGCACGGCAGGGACAUGGGGAGUACGGGCGGCCCGCGGGUCAUCCUGGCUGUCUGCUUGGCACUGCAUGUUCUCCUCGGGUGUACAGAAUAUCUCCCUCCACCAACCAACAUCACUUUCGGAAUGAAUGGGAUGUUCUUUCUGCAAUGGCGAUGGGCGCCUCCCGAAAACAAAUUGAAUUGCUCUUUAAAAUACACGAAAAUCAUUGUCCCACGUUCGCCAAAACAGAAAGGAAUAUGUGCAUAUUUUGAAGAGUGUGUUGAAAAGUUUGGAAUCUUACACUUAAACAGUGAAAUUAUAUUUGAAGUUCAAGCUGAAUGUAACAACUCCAACAUUACGAGUGAACCAGUGCGUGUGAACACCCGGCUGGCAGCAGGCGAUAACAGAACAUCUGUAAGAAAUUUCACCUGUGUUUGGUACUAUCAGGAAUAUGUGAAUUGCACGUGGCAACCCGGAGAAGAUCAGCCUCCCAAUGUUAAUUACAGCUUGCUUUAUUGGAUACGUGAUGGGGGCUGUUUGCAAUAUCAAACACAGAUUAAUAAUGAGAAAGAUUGUGUACGAGCCCGCCAGCCGACACAGUUUCAUCAACUGCUGGACACAGGGAAGCACUGUGAAAGCUAUACCCAUAGCAAUGAGAUUCCUGUUGGCUGUCAGUUCCAAUUACAUAAGCCAUUUACUGAUUUCAGCUGGCUUGUAAUGGUGGUAACAGAUACAGAUAGAUCAAAGAACGUCAAACCCUACAUCUCCUACAUACAUGUCAACCACAUAGCAAAGCUCAAACCACCCGCCAUCAAUAGUGUGUCUAGGACUCAAAAUCAAAGUAUAUAUUUAAGUUGGAAUGCAUCAGAUGUACAUCAAAACUCAUUAUAUGAAGUACAGCUGGAAAUGUCCAAUGGUGAAAAACUCAAUUUUAAGGACUUUUCUGGUGUAAGUAAAGAAAUUCCCAACGUACUGCCUGACAUCACCUAUACAGUGAAAGUACGGGUGCGGUUACCUGGCCAUGCAACUGAUAGCUACCUUUGGAGUGAUUGGAGUGAGGAAAAGACACUUCCAGGCAAAGAUGGAGGGAGAACUACAUCAAUCAUUUUGCUUUUCCUAAUUCCAUUAAUAGUAGUUGUUGCAACAGUCAUCCUACUUAUCUACAUGAGAAGGUUACAAAUUCUAAUUUUUCCUCGAAUUCCUGACCCAGGAAAAGUUUUAUCGAAUGACUUGCAGCAGUGGAUAAAGAACGGCAGAAGUGUCUACGAUGAGCCAAAGAAGGAGGAGAUCUGCCAGGUGUCUCUGCUAGAAACUCCUGUGGAAUAAGACUUCCUUCUUCUAUAAGUCAAGUGGAAAAUGUGAAGACAAAUUCUGUUUUUGUCCUUUGGUUUACAUCUUUUGACAGCGGAACAGUAAACAGGAGCUGUUUGAAAGAUCACUGCCACUGUGUUUGAACUGUGUGAAUUCACAUAGCUGAAAGCAGAGAUCUGUGUUUCAUGUUAAGAAGUAACUAGUUCUACUGGAAAGUGAGGAGGAGCUAAAAGUGUGAAAUCCUGGAAAGACGGAAGAGAGGGUACUUCUAUUGUGUGUUGCUGAAAUUGUGUAUGGAAUUGCACUGCUUUACUGGUGGACUACAUAGUGGAGACGCAGUUACUGUAUCUAAUUUUUCUUCUUUGUCAGUGGAAAGCUACUAGCAGUCACAAGGGUCGCUUAUCAGAUAGCCCUGGGAAGGUCCUGCACAUAUUCCUAGUAUACAGUACAUACAUGGCACAGAGGUCACUGCAAUCAGUAGACAUCCCCUUCCAUGGUUAGUGCCAAAGAACAUACUGCUGUGUAUGUAUCUGCUGUGAGAAAAUACACCCAAUACAUCCAAUUUAUAUUACAUUAUUAAUGCUGGCAACAGAGAAGACCUAUUAGUCUACCAUGCCUUUUCUAGAUAAAGGAAAUUAAUGAUAUAAAAUUAACAAAUAUUCCCCGUGCUAGAAUUAAGUUAAAUAGAAUUUUUUUUAAACCCUUUUUCUAUUUGUAAUGGCACAAGCCAGGGUUGGCCUCUGUAGACUUUAGUCUUUAUAUUGUGUAUAGAAGCUCUUGACAAAACCAUACAGAUGUGUCCUCCUCCAGCCUUGCUAUCGUGGCAGGUGACUCGUGACCACAAUCCAUAUGCAUUGCAUGGGAAACCCACAGGUGCGAGCAUUCACAGCCUAGUGGGGCAUAGCGUUGCUGUGAUGUGUGUUCCCAUGCGUAUACAUCACGGCAAUGAUGGAAGAGGACACACUGUAAGUAUCAGUCUGGAUAUUAGUGGAGUUUGGGUGGUUAUUUAGACCAAAUUUACUUUCUUUGCAAAUUAUAUUUAAAUGGUACACUUGCACAUACAUGGGGGAGUUUUUUUUCCCCCAAACCAUUUACUUCCAUACUAUGUCCACGUUUUCAUCAACCCUCCCCAUCAGUCCUUGUCUACCUAAUCCUUUAUUUUAUUCCAUCCUCCCACCUAUAUUCUCCCCCCUAGUCUCCUACAUUUCCUACUCUCUCCUCUGUUUCCUGUCCACCCCUCUGCUUCCCUUCCCCUCCUCUCCUGUUACCCCACUUUCAGUCACCUCUGCCUUAUCAUAGGCCUACCACCCUACCUCUUAGCCCUGCUCACCCCCUCCUUUCCCUGUCACUUCACUUCACCUCCAUCUCUAAUCCCUCCCUGCCCUCCUCCAGCAGUUUCCCCUCCUAGCUUAGGAGCCCGCAUGAACACUACACCUGCUUUAUCCCUGCCAUCCAAAUGAGUCUCACCUCAACACUACAGCAACCCUGAUACUCUCGUUUGCAUCUCUUCCACAAACUCACACCCCCUAUCCUGUGCCAUCUGGAAUGCCAGAUCUGUUUGUAACAAACAGGCCCCCACCCAUGACAUUUUCUUCUCCAACUUCCUGCAUCUCCUAGCCAUUACUGAAAACUGUAUUACCCCAUCUGACAUGACUUCUGCUGCUCUUUCUGCUGGGGGCCUCACAUUCUCACACCCCUGACCCGGGGGUCGCCAAGAGUGGUGUUGGCGUCUUUUUUUUCUCUAGCUACUCCUACCUACUCAUACCCCCAGAACCGUCCCUUACAUUCUCUAUAUUUAAGGUCCAUGAUAUACGCCUCUUCCAACCUAUUCAUCUUCAAGUAGCUGUCAUUUACCAUCCCCCUGGCAUUCCCUCCAAAUUCCUCAACAAUUUUGCUUCCUGGCUUCCUCAUGUCCUCUUUUCUGACAUUCCCUCCAUUAUCUAAAGCGUUUCAACAUCCCAAUCGAUAUCCCCCAAAAAUCCCUUGCCUCUAAACUCCUUAACAUCACAUAUUCGCUAGUUCUCUAAAAUUGGACCUCCUCCCCCUCCCAUGUGACUGGGAGCUGAAUUGAUCUGUUUGUGAUAUUUCUGAUUUCUUCAACUCCCCAUUUUCCCUCUCUGACCACCAUCUGCUCCUUUUAACUAUCUCUCUCUCUGCUUUUCCAUCUCUACCUCUUAAGGCUACCAUCACUAAGCGUAACAUUGAGACUAUCAACACCACUUCCCUAUCCUCCCUGUUUGACUCAAUUCUCUCUCCCUCAUGCCCUGAACAGGUCACCUUCCUAUACAAUGCAUCCCUUACUUCUGCUCUUGACUCUGUCGCUCCUCCGAACACUAUUCACCCUCGCAGAUCUACACCGCACACCAAAUGCACCACAUAUCUGUAAAAAUGCUCACGUACUGCCGAGUGACAGUUGAAGACAUCACGCUCUAAGGGAGACUUCCUUCAUUUCAACCUUAUGCUCUCAUCCUUCAGUGCUGCCCUGAACAGUCGUACUUCAAGAACCUCAUCUUCUCCCAGUCUUUGAAGCCCCUGGAGCCUAUUUGCCACUGUCAACUCCCUCCUCUGCCCAUCCCCAUCUCAACUCUGUCUGCACUCUCUGCCCUUGACUUUGCCACUUACUUCACAUCCAAAAUUCACUCCAUAUGUCAUAAGGAUUCAUAAUGAAAGAUGCUAGGCUAAACAGCAGCCUGGCUGAACAGGGUUGUAUUAGAAGGGUUGUUUUAAAAGGCUUAAGAAAAUAUUGCAAUAUAGACUUACCCAGGACUUGCAUAGUGGCUGUAUCUUUGCCAUAUAUUGAAGGGCUGUGCUGGAACAAUGUGAUGAUUGCUCUCCUUUCUCUGCAGGUAGUCUACACUCAUCAUUUGGAGUUUGGGUCUGCUUAGAAUAUACAUGCUGCAGUGAUAUUUUUAUUAUAUUGGGUAAUCUACACUCAUCAUUUGGAGUUUGUGUCUGCUUAGAAUAUACAUGUUGCAGUGAUAUUUUUAUUAUAUUAGGUAAUCUGCAUAUCAUUUGGAGUUUGGGUCUGCUUAGAAUAUACAUGUUGCAGUGAUAUUUUUAUUAUAUUAGGUAAUCUGCAUAUCAUUUGGAGUUUGGGUCUGCUUAGAAUAUACAUUCUGCAGUGAUAUUUUUAUUAUAUUAGGUAAUCUACACUCAUCAUUUGGAGUUUGGGUCUGCUUAGAAUAUACAUGCUGCAGUGAUAUUUUUAUUAUGUUAAGUAAUCUACACUGUCAUUUUUUUAUAUCAUAAACUUUAUUGUAAUCUAGCAUGAUACUUUAUUUCAACUUUGAAAUAGUUGGUAAACUUCUAUCUCAGUGUUUGUUUUAGUUGAGUUUUAUGGCAUGCUCUGUAACUGGGGGUGGGGUGUUAGGACUUGAUUGCAAUUAUCAGACACACAUGGAUACUUACCAUUCAUAAGGAAAGAUGCUAGGCUGAACAGCAGCCUGGCUGAACAGGCUUAUAUUAGAAGGGUUGUUUUAAAAGGGUUAAGAAAAUAUUACAAUAUAGACUUAACCUGGACUUAAGCAGGACGGAAACACUCAACCAACGUUGCAACAAAACAACCACCCUUCCUUUCAUCCUCAAUCAAAAUCAUCUGUAUAACUAUAAUCCUCAUGACCUCUAAGAACAGAAUGCAACCAAUUCUGUACUGUAUAAAACCAGUACAUUGUGAUUUGCAUGUGACUGUACAUACCUGUUUGUCAUUUUGCUCUGUCAUGCUCAGUUACCAUACAGCGUACCAACACCAGUAAAUAGGCACCUGAACUUUUAACUCUAACAAGUGAAACCUUACACUCUCAGCCUAGAUAACUCUGGUUUAAUCCCAAACAAACUAUGUACCACAAACUGAUUUUCGCCAUUGCUCUUCAUGGAAUAUUCAUAAAGGCCAUUACAUCAUUCCGUCUCCCAGCAACUCACCCCUCUGUACAUGUUGCCCCCUCAUUUAUUCACUCCCCUCUUAUUAACACUCGUGUGCUUUUUACUUCCCUAUACUCAUUGACAAUAACAUCUACAACCUCUCACCAUAAAAAAACUUUCACAAGCCUAUGACACAUUUAUCUCUCUCUUCUGCUUCUUAUAGCUGGUGACAUUUCACCAAAUCCAGGACCCAACCACUUGCAUCACUCACAUUCACCUGAUUCACAGCAACAUAGAAAUCCAGCUAACCUCAUAAACAUCACGUCUUCCAUCACCUUCCAGAUCACUAAAAUGUGCCUUAUGGAAUGCACUCUCUGUUUGUAACAAAUUAACUUCCAUCUAUGACCUUUUCAUAUCUAACAACUUCAAUCUGCUGGCUAUAACAGAAACCUGGCUCACACAAUCAGACACAGCCUUCCCUGCAGCACUGUCACAUGGUGGUCUCCACUGUACACACACGUCCAGGCCUGGUAACCAUAAAGCAGGAGGCCUUGGACUAUUACUUUCCCAAUCUUUCGCAUACACUGUUCUACCACAGGUUCCAUCACUCAUAUUUACAUCAAGUACAUUCCAUCAGGGUCUACUCUCCUUUCUCUCUGCAUGUUGCAGCUAUCUAUCGUCCACCUGGGAAUCCCAAACAAUUUCUGGAAGAUUUUUCUGCCUGGCUCCCUUACUUUCUAUCCUCUGACAUCGUCACCAUCAUCAUGGGUGAUUUCAAUAUUGCUAUUGAUUGUCCAAAAUCUUUUUCUCAUGCCUCCAAACUACUCUCUCUAACCUCCUCUCUCGGCCUCUCCCAAUGGACUGACUUAUCUACUCAUCGGGAGGGCCACUGCCUUGAUCUAGUAUUCACCAAACUAUGCUCUGUUUCUGAACUCACUAACACUCCUUUCCCCCUCUUAGAUGACAACCUGAUCACCUGCAUGCUCUCCUCUGUUAAUUCCAACUCGUGUGUUGCUGAAGUCCUCCAAUCCUCCUCAAACCCGCAGAAAUAUUAACACAAUUAAUCUUCAAGAACUUUUCACCUCACUCCAAAAACUGCUUUCACCUAUUUCUGCAUUCACCUCUCCUGAGAUAGCGGUAUCACACCUGAACGAGACUCUAGAACUAGCCCUUGAUGAAGUGGCUCCAGCUACCCAUCACACUCCACGUAGGCCUAGAUGCCAACCAUGGCACUCUAAAUUAGCAAGAUAACUACAAAAACUCACGCGUAAACUUGAACAUCAGUGGCGUAAAUUCCAGUCCGAAUCUUUAUCUGAAUACUUUAAUUCAAAACGUUUCUGCUUUCCAUCACCUCUGUGGUAAUAUAAGUUUCUGAUCACUGUGCCUACCUAAAAGCAAAAUGUGAACUGACUUCAUAUAUAUCUCCACCCCUUUUUGAUCAUUUACAGAUUUUGUCCCACAGUGAUUUUAUCUACCUAAAUUGUUUAACAGACUCCAAACAUUUACAUCUUUUUAAAAAAAAAUCUUAUCUCACCUAAAAGUAGAUAUUUUUGCAAUAUUUGUGUAGGUUAUCUUAAUUAUACAAAAUAUAACAUAUAUGUCUAUAAAUAUAAAAAUUCAAAAAUUAUGUUUGGUUUAUCCAUUUUUACAAUGGAUUUUCCAAACAUCCACCGCCACAGUGUAUCUAUGAGGAGUUCUGAUAUGAAUCAUAGGGCAGCAGUGGCCACGAUUAGCAUGUUAGAUGUGCUAUUUAGCAUACUAACCAGAUUUAUUAACAUGCUAACCAGUCUUUGAAUAGCCUUUUCUUAAAAGCAGAAGACCAGUAGCAGAAGUGUCAGACCCUCUUUUAACUAUAUAACUAAUAGUUUUAGGUUUUAUUAAAAAAAAUGUUUGAAAAAGUGUUUAAAUGUUGAUCUCUAACUUACAAAAUUCAAAAGCAAGAUUUGUAUUUACUAUGUUGUUGGUACACUUACCACUGCAAGUGCUACUGAUUUGGUUGGCCUUGGAUCCCCCAUGACAAUAUAUAGGAAUGUGACAGCAUGUAAUAUUUGUCUUGCCAAGUGAUGUCACAAGUCUGUCCCCCAAAGGUUGUGCAGAUACCUCGUCCAGUCUGUAAUUAUUAGAUUUAUUUAUAUUGUAAUUCAUUCAUGAGCAAUUUACAGUUCUUAUUAUGUCCACACAGCUUCUUUUACAUAUGCAGAUGUUCUGACAACUUUUAUUGCAUUUGUUUUAAAAUGUCAAUAUUAUACUUACUGUGUGUGCACUUUGGUGGAAUAUUUGUAUGUUUAAUAUGUAUAUAUUUUGUAUUAUUUGAAGCUGUUGUAAAGUUUAUAAUGACAAAUAAAAGGUGUUUAUGUGUGUUAA